AUCAACUUUUAUUAUAACUGGAUAAACGGGAACGUUCGAUGACGAAGUUUUAUAAUAUAAACGUAGGCGCUGGACGUUCCCCUUUAUAACUCGAAUUCCUGUGUAUAUAAAGACGCGUUCGCACUUCCAAUAGUUAAACUUCAUUAGUUUGGGUUCUUAAAUUUACUAGUUGUUCGUUGCUAUCGAAUUUGUUUAAUUCAAAAUGGCUGCUGAGAUUCAAACUCUGUUCGGUGGGGAAUGGAAGGAAUACAAACACGAAAAUCUUGAAAAAUUUCUAGAGACAAUGGGUAUGAACGUGAUCAAGCGAAAGGCGGCAAUGCAGAUGACCCCGGCUAUGACUAUCACGACAGAGGGCGACACCAUCAAAGUGACGUUAAAAAUGGGACCAAAGACCGAAAACGUCUCAUUCGAUCUCAAUAAAGAGUUCGAUUCCAAGGGAAUGGUCGAAGGAAAGGCAACGGCCACUUUCAGCGAUGGAAAACUGACGGUCAACACGACGCCGAAAGACGACAAAAAGAAACCAGUUACUAUAAGCAGAAUACUCGUCAAUGGGGAGAUGGUACAGACAAUGGUUUGCGACGGCGUCGAGGGCAAAAGAAUAUUCAAGAAGUGCUAGGACCUAUUUCCUAAUUUAUUUUAUUUGAGUGUGUUUUCUUAUAUACGUGCAAUGAUUAUUGUCCUCUGCUGUUCUGCAUAGCAUUAAAAUCAAUACAACACAUGUAUAAUAAACAUCAUUUUUGAAUUAUGAACCUUUAACUUCUUACUAAAUAAUGCAUUUUUGGAAUUUAUUAAUUACUUAUAAAAAGAUUGUAACCGUGUAUUUAAAUAGCUGAGAACACAAAUAUUAAAUGACUGAGUCUUAAAAGAUUAACAGUGAUCUAUUAUCGUCUCAUAAGAAACAAAAAAAACCGUGUUUUCUGCAUCUGUCUUUCAAAUUAAACACGGUAUCCUUCAUAAAGAUAUGUUUUUAUCAUUUUAUUCAUAAUUUUCGGUAUAUUAAAACAAUGGUAUCAAUUGUGGUACGUCUUAUUUGGAGUGAAAGUGCAUCUUGAACAAGACGUGUGUGUCUUAGCCAGGGUAAUAUAACAUCAAUCAUUCAAUCAUCGUGUAUUGCUUUGGAUAUGUCUUCUUCGAAUCUUAUUGCAUCGCUUAAUGAAAUGACAUCAAUAUGUAACUAUUGUUUCCAAAAUAUAAUAUGUGAUGAUACGUUUUCUAUGAAAAUUGCAUUCAUGGUAUUCUGUGAAUUAAACAUUAUUUAGUCAUUCUGUCGCUUGCAAAAAGUUUCAUGCUUUUUUUUAUUGUGUUUUAUGUAUUAAAAAAGAAAC